AUGGCGCGGGUAACGCUACGCGAGGAUUUUGACGACUGCGCCGCGGAUUACCGCAUUUUGUCAGUGAGCGCUGACCACUUCAAGGAGAUCACAUGCAAAGUUGCGGCGUGCAAGCAAACUGGUGAAGAAAUGGGGAAAAUCAAUGAAACUCACCAUGAGGCGACAACACUAAUGACUAUGAAGGGAGGCAGUCAACUGCUUUUAUGUGAUGAUGAGCGAACAUUCCGUGUGCGGCGUGUUGAGUACUCCAACACACUUCUCCUUGCAGAAGCAAAAGCAGCGAAAAUGCACGAUACAAAUGGCAUCAUUGAGUCUGACAAUGCUUCCGAUGCGGGGGAAGGGCGAGAGCAUGUGGUGGUGUGCUCGUCUGAGCGGGUCUUCGAGGUUAAACCCUCCGUAGCCUACAACGAUAUCUCGCAACACUUAUUGGAAUCUCCCCUUACAUUAAAGGAGCUCGACACUCUUGGUACAGUGGAACGCUCAGACGAAAAUGUGGAAUACAUAAAAAGGGAGGAGUUGGAAAAUGGUACCUCAAGUUCCGCUCAACGUUUCUACACCUUUCCUCAACUCGUAGCUCUGAACCGUAGCAGUGCGCGUGAACUGGCUGUAAUUCUUUCUGAUAUGGGGGCUGUAGUGUUCAAUGGGUAUGUUCGCUUAUUGAAACCCGCACUCAUGCGUGAAGCCCUGCGAGCAUCGUUGAAUUUUUUCGAUGCGUAUGACACCAUGUCAUGGGAAGGAGUCAUGGAACAGCUCUGUCCAUCAGUUUACCCGCACAUUGUCCUGCGGGCUGUACGGGCAGCAUACGGCAACGCAACCGCAAGUGGUGAAACCCCUCGAGGGAUGGCGGCGUUUUUGCAGGUACCGAAAGUGUUGCAAGCACUCGCUGCUUCAGUGUUGCUCGCUGAUGAUGCAGAGCAGAAUACGCAGUUUACUGAAGCGGAGUUACAGGACAAGAAACUUUCGAAAUCGGUCAAUCGUCGUGGUUCCCUUUUCCCGGAGCUUGAUUUCGACAUUUUCUAUGACUCAUGGACGUCCAGCAUCCCGUCCUCGUUAUUUGCGGAUGGGACGCUACCAUCACAAUCGGACCGGAAUGCAUUGCUUAAGUUUUUAUAUGGCUCGGUGAUUGUCGUCCGUAAUGCUGAAGGUGACAGUCACGUGGGUGCUCGUGCUGUAUGGGCCCCGAGCAAUGUCCUCUCAACAGACGUUUCAUUGCGCACUCGGCAAUUGUUUGAAAUUCGACCUGGACGGUGGGAGGCGGAGGAGCUUCGUGCGUACGUUGCACCGCUGCUGGAUCCCGGUGUUGCGUUUGAUCACAUUAUCGUUCGUUACGCUAAGGAGUAUCGUGUACCUGGUCGUCCAGUAAUGUAUGGCAACCUCUCUUAA